GCCUCAUUCAUGCCAAACAUAGACUCUCAAACACAACCAUCGAUUUCCAACCUACAUACACAUACAAAUACACAUACCACAAAGCAACCAAAAAUGACCCACCUCCCCAAGAUCUUCAUCACCGGCGCAACCGGCUACAUCGGCGGCGACGCCCUCUACGCCCUCAUCCAGAAGCACCCGGAGUAUCAAUACACGGUGCUAGUCCGCAGCGCCGAGAAAGCCCAGGCCGUGCAGGAGCAAUACCCCUCCGCGCGGGUAGUCAUCGGCGACCUCGACAACUCCGAGCUGUUAGAGAAGGAGAGCGCCGACGCCGAUAUUGUUCUCCACACAGCCGACGCCUCGGACCACGCGGGCGCAGCCAAGGCCAUCGCCGCGGGCCUGGCCAGGGGCCACACCCCCGCGAAGCCGGGGUACUGGCUGCACACGGGCGGGACGGGGAUCCUGACGUACGCGGACACGGACCGGGAGGUGUUCGGCGAGGCCAGCGACAAGGUGUACGACGACUGGGACGGGGUGGACGAGCUGCUGAGCUUGCCGGCGCAUGCGUUCCACCGAAACGUGGACGAGAUCGUGCUGGAGACGGGGGCGAAACGGGGGGAGGUCGUUCGGACGGCGCUGGUGUGUCCGCCGACCAUCUACGGAAGAGGGAGAGGCCCGUCCUCCCGCCGCGGCCGGCAAGUCUACGAGCUGGCGCGCGUGACGCUCGAGCUCCAAAAAGCGCCCAUCAUCGGCGCGGGAAAAUCCAUCUGGAACAAUGUGCACGUGCACGACCUCAGCGAUCUGUAUGUCUUGCUGGUCGAGGCGGCCGUGGCUGACAGAGAUGGUCGUCAGCGCGAUGGAAGCAACGCCAACGACCGCGAGCGCUGGGGCGCGCGCGCCUACUACCUCGCCGAGAAUGGCGAGCAUGUCUGGGGGGAGCUGUCGCGGGCGAUCGCCAAGUAUGCGGCUGAGCUGGGCUUGAUCGGGCAGUCGAGGGCGGAGCAGAUCAGCUUGGAGGAGGGGAAGAAGUUCGCUGGGUUUGAGUCGCUGAGCUGGGGGCUGAACUCGCGGGGGAGGGCGAGGAGGGCGGCCAAGGUGCUGGGGUGGACGCCUUCGCGGCCGAGUCUGGAGGCGACGCUGCCGGAGAUCUUGGAGGAUGAGCAGCGCAGGUUGCUGAAGUGA